AUGAAAAAGCAUCCUAAAGCCCUCCCACCCCCGUACUUAAGGUUUUUCGGUUGUGGAGAUGUGCUUCUCAAGACUUCGAGGAUAAGUUUAUCCAGCAACUUACCCCCUCUACGAUAUUUGCCCAGCUGGAGCCGGGUUGGGACUCUCGAUCGUGCUCGUUACCCUCCUAAAGGUUCUUUUGAACGUGAGCAUAAAGCAGCACCAUCAGAUAAACACGUCCAUAAGACAACUCAAACCAGUGCAGAGAUGGACACGACCGGGGCAAAAGUAGCCUCACUGGAGAAAGACAUCCUGUUUCUUCAGCAGACGCAUAAAACCACACUAGAGAAGCUGCACGAGGAGAUUGAACAUCUGAAGCGUGCUAACAAAGAGUUGCAGUAUCAACUGAUUAUGGGACCAUAUCUUCCUUCAAGAGUGCCUAGUCCAUGGGGCACACAGGAAAAACAUUGCCAGACUGAAGUCAUCAGCUGUAAAGAGAGGCCAAAGACAAGACAUUAUGGUGUAGAACAAAAUGCAUCCAUCAUCAUGUCUCUACUUCCUUUGAGGAUCCUAGACGAUUCAUCCCGUCCUCCACGCUCUCCGACCCUGCAGGAGUGUGAGGACAUGAUUCGACAGCUCUAUAAUGCCAACACCUUGCAGUCUCAGGAGCUGAUGCAGGUGAAGGCUGUUCUCAGAGACUUGUUAAACAAAAAGAAACUCUCACCAGAGAUCUACAAACUAAAGAAGACAAUUUUCUCUGACAACACGAGAAAUGAAGAGUUGACACACAUUCCAAAAUUAUCUCCUAAGUCCUUGCCAAAAAUACAACAUCAGACCCAGGUGAGUGUGAGAGAAAGGCUUAUUCUGCCUGACAUCAGCAACCUGACAGAGAGGCAGAAACGUGCCCAGGAUGUUCACAAAAUGCGCCUAAGAAGAGCAAUCUUCCCCUAGCUAUAUAAUAGCUAUAAGCAACAGUACAAUUAAUAAAUAAAAAUAGCUUUUUUUGUUUAUGAAUUGUUAUGUUUUAUCUCCCACUUGUCUCUGUAUCAUCUUACAGAGGUUUGCUUAUCUAACGUGCAUCUCAGUUUGUGGAAAAUAACAGACGACAUCAGAAUGUCAGUGCCUUAAAUGCUAUAAUCUGCUAUGAAAUAUUAGCUGGGAGAUGUUGAUAUUGAUGAUAUCUUGUUUAUGUCUGUUUUUGUUUUGCAAUGUAAAUUAGAUUUAAUUACCUUUGAUAUAUUUCUUGCAAAAUACAAUUAAUUAGGGUUUAAUUGUUAGGGUUAAAAAAUGAAAUUAUGGUUUAAAGCACAGUAGGGAGUUAUAAAUAACAAGUUUAUAACGUAAAAAUAAUAUUAUCAUUAAUUAAGGAAAGAUUGAUAUGUAAGAUAUAAACCAUAAUGGGUUUUUUAUUUUCCAGGAUUAUUUUCUCUUAUUACAGAACAGAAAUUUGGCAGCAAUAUUUUUUAAUAUUAAAAAACAGAAAACACAGCAUGUUGUGUUGUUUAUACGGAAGUUAUAUUUACAGUUAAUCAGUUUAACCAAAAGUAUGUGGAUACCUGAGUGUUAAACAUCCCAUUCCAAAACCAUUGCCAUUAAUAUGGAGUUGGUCCCCAUUUUCUUGCCCAUUCAGCCAUAAGAGUGUAAGAGGUUAGACACGUGUCAGAUGAGAUAGCUUGGCUUUUGUUGUUUGUCUAGUGUUCAAUGGUGUUGAGGGUCAAGACUUUUCGUGUAUACCAGUGUAUUAUUGUGUGAACUGAUUUUGUUCUGCAUAUAUCACCACUCUUUAUCACCUGUGUUUAU